AUCAGGAGAAGCAAUAUGGGUGAGCUGCGUGUCCGCUCCGCUCUGGUGACUGGGGCCAACCGGGGAAUCGGCCUGGGGUUUGUCCGGCACCUGCUGGCAUUGCCAAACCCACCUGAGUGGGUCUUUGCAGGCUGCCGGGACCCCAAGGGACAGCGAGCACAGGAGCUGCAGAAAUUGGCCUCCAAGCACCCCAACCUGGUCAUCGUCCCGCUCGAAGUCACCGAUCCCGCCAGCAUCAAGGCGGCCGCAGCCAGCGUCGGGGAGCGCCUCAAGGGCUCGGGGCUGAACCUCCUCAUCAACAAUGCUGGGAUUGUAAGGGCAAACACGCUUGACAACGAGACACUGAAGGACAUGUCUGAGGUGUACACCACCAACCACCAUUGCACUCUGCUGCUCAGCCAG